AUGUCGGAAAUAUUCAUCAACCACAUCACCCGGUGGCUUUUCAGCUCCCCGCCGGCCGAGUGGGCGAUCAACCAAUUUCGCGAACUCCUCAUCGGCGCCCUCAAGCAGGGCCCAGUCCCUCAACAUGUCGCAUUCGAGAUGGACGGCAACAGGCGCUAUGCUCGCGGCAAGAAGAUGGAGACGAUAGAGGGCCACCACCACGGAUUCGAGGCUCUGGCAAGGGUUCUCGAAAUCUGCUACAAAUGCGGCGUCAAGGUCGUGACUGUGUACGCUUUCAGUAUAGAAAACUUCAACCGCCCGCAAUACGAGGUCGAUGGGCUUAUGCAGCUGGCCAAGGUGAAGCUUGAGCAGUUGACAAAACACGGAGACAUCUUGGAUCGCUACGGUGCGGCGGUUCGCGUCCUCGGUCAGAGAGACCUGAUCCGCAAGGACGUCCUCGAGGUUGUUGACCGGGCGGUCGAUAUGACCAAGUACAACAAGCGCAACGUGCUGAACAUCUGCUUCCCGUACACGGCCAGAGAGGAAAUGACGACGGCCAUGCGAUCCACCGUGCAGGAGUAUAUGAUGCCCCCUGGUCCCAAGUUCACCCCAUUCCCGGCUGCUCGCAUCUCGCAGAAGAUCAUGUCGAAGCAGCUGGACCGCCGGGAACCUCUCCCCACCAUCCGUGACACAUCGCCCGCUCCCUCUUCGCGAUCAGACGGCGAUGAUGGCGCGUCGUCGUCGACUACUCUUCCACCCGACUCACCGUCACCGCCGAGCCAUCGUUCCGGUUCGGCUGGCGGCCACCAUCUGAAAAAUCCCGAGACCAUCACAGCCGAGACGCUGAACAAUCACAUGUACACUGCCGGAAACCCGCCGUUGGACAUCUUCGUUAGGACUAGUGGCGUGGAGAGACUCAGCGACUUCAUGCUGUGGCAGUGUCACCAGGACACUCACAUCUUCUUUCUCAAGUGCCUCUGGCCCGACUUCGAUCUGCAGCACUUCCUCCCGGUGCUCUUGGAGUGGCAGUGGAGGCAGAAAAAGCAGAUUGAAACCGAGGAGCGCCCGAGACAAGCGACCGUCAAGGCGCGGAAGCUCGCUUGA